AUGUCGGAACAAAAAUCUUACCCAAUUCCGUAUCGUAGCCAACUUCAAGAGAAGAUUGAGCCCGGUCAAACGCUUAUUGUUAAAGGAUCGACUAUCGAUGAAAGCCAACGGUUCACUUUAAAUCUACACUGUAAAACGGCUGAUUUUAGCGGUAAUGAUGUUCCACUUCAUAUGUCUAUUCGUUUCGAUGAAGGAAAGAUUGUACUGAAUACAUUCUCAAAUGGAGAAUGGGGAAAAGAGGAGCGUAAAAGUAAUCCAUUUAAGAGAGGCGAGGCGUUCGAUAUUAGAAUUCGUGCUCAUGACGAUCGCUUCCAGAUUUCAUGCGAUCAAAAAGAAUUCAAAAAUUAUGAACAUCGUUUACCGCUUUCGUCGAUAACGCAUCUUUCUGUUGACGGCGAUCUUUACUUGAACCAAGUGCACUGGGGCGGCAAAUAUUAUGCGAAACGUUUUCUCAUAAACUUGCUCAAGAAAAAUGGCGAUAUUGCACUACAUUUCAAUCCUCGAUUCGAUGAAAAGGUCGUCGUACGCAAUGCAUUACAAUCGAAUGAAUGGGGAAAUGAAGAAAAAGAAGGAAAGAUGCCUUUCGAAAAAGGCGUUGGCUUCGACUUAUCCAUUAAAAACGAGGAAUACGCUUUCCAGAUUUUCGUUAACGAUGUACGUUUUGCGUCAUUCGCGCAUCGCUCGGACCCGCACGACAUUUCUGGACUUCAAAUUCAAGGCGAUUUGGAACUUACUGGCAUACAAAUUCACUAA